AUGAGCAAUAAUUAUCCCACUAAAAGACAGGAAAUGAGUGAUAAUUCAGGUGAACUGCGUGAAGUGAUGCGAGUGAGCAAUGAUUAUUUCCAGCCAACAACAAAUUAUCAACAUUUACUGCCACCACAGUAUUUCGCGCAACACAGGUACUAUCCUUAUGUGAACCCGUACUCGCAUCUCACUGAAGCCAAUGGAAACCUCACCAUACACGGAUACGGCAGCGAUGGUUUGUAACAUUUUAACUCUUUAAACACUCUCAAUUUGUGCCCAUAAUUGAUACAUCUUAGAAUGCACAACAACGCAAGAUACACUAAUUACUCACUAUAUAUAUAUAUAUAUAUAUAUAUAUAUAUAUAUAUAUAAGCAGUACAAAAUGUAUAUUAUGGACACUGUAAGUACCCAAAUUUAUACGCCCUAAAUAUGUCACUGCAGGACGUCCAAAGUUCCGUCGUAGCAGGACAAUUUUCAAUCCAGAACAACUUGAUAUCUUGGAAAAACAUUUUAAGAAAUACAAAUAUCCCGAUCUCAAGCGCCGCAAAACGAUCUCGGAAGAAAUAGGAUUACCAGAAGAACGAACUCAAAUUUGGUUUCAAAACAGACGCGCCAAGGACAAACGACAGUUGGAACAGCAAGAGAAGUUCCAAAAACUGGUUGAUGAAGCCAUUGGUGGAACACAAGAUCGAAACAGAAUACAGAGCAAUAACGAAUGUGGUAAAUAUGUCCUACACAUUUUAGUAGACAUUAGGAGAAUAACACAUGAUGAACAAUUUCAUGAUGUGGUAUUUUGACACUUAUCAAGACAAUGAAACCAUAGGGGAUCCAAUAUUACUAUACCAUACAUAAUCUUUAUACAGUUAUACCAGGGCGACCAGUGCAGAAACACGUGGACGUGAAAACAUGUGAGGGGCUGUAUUAUAUAGAUUAUGUGUAGGAUAAUAUGUUGAUACAAUAAACCCUCUCUCAACUGUAUUUAGCUGCCAAAUAUAUGAAUCAAAAUGAUCACUCAGAUAAACACUGUUUGAGCACCAUCUGCUGUGGAUAACAUAAUCUAUUAUGCCAUUGUCCUGAGCGUAAAAUUAUAUGGUGACAAAGUGCAAGGUUUUAAAUGGUGACCAAUGUCAACAAGUCAAGGAUAAUAAUUUCUGAUUUAGGAACUUCCUUCCACAGUCCUGUUGAACACUUAAAUCAACUUUCGCAACACGAAACCCAGGCACAUUUUGACUCUGAAGCAAGUGAUAGCAACCACAACCAUGUUGAGUAUGUCCAGAGUAAAGAAAUGAUAUUUCCUGAAUCAACGAGGCAGAAAACAGCCGAGGGUACAUCACAGUCUGGCAGUGGCAGCGAGGAGACACCUCAAGACACAAUUCAAAAUAUUGAUCAAGAAUUAUUAUUUAAAGUAGCAAAUAUUUUAUCUGCCAGUAACGAUGCAGCACAGUUGAUUACAGAGUGGUCACAAUCACCAAAUAAACUUCAAACUAACAGCCUUGAAGAACAGCUACAGCACUUUGCUCAACAUCACCAGAAAGUUUUGAAAGAUAGCGAGAAUGCACCAUCUGGCAGCAUAUCACAAAGUGGGCUAGAUAGAUCUCAAUAG